AUGUCUAGUCGAGGGGGUUGCUCAGGCUGUGGACUCCGAACAACUGUUAUACUAACUGACAGUCGAUUGAUAGUUCGUGAAAAAGAUACAAACUGUUGUGGUUGUGGAGGUGUUACUAUUGAUACAACUGCCUUCUUACAAGAUAUUGAUAUGUUAAGCACAAGUAAACAAUCAGUCUCGAUAGCUAAAAUAAUUGCUGGUAUACUUACCGGUAAAAUUCUUUGUCUGUUGUGUGAUAUUUGCUGUGGACCCAAGAUGCUUGGAAUUCGAGGAGCAUUUGGUUCGCACGCGAUUGCCUUCGAAUCUGAUGAAAUAGCUGAAGCAGCAGCGCACAUAACCAGUGCGAUUCGGAAUGCCAAGUCUAAAAUAACACCACAGCCAUCGACCAUAGGACAAUUGUGA